AUGGGUCUUGUCAUGAGAGACUAAUUCGACUUCCGGUGACAUCAAAUCGAAAAAUUCAUCGUGGUUUUUGCAGUUUCUUGGGCUAAUGAUGUGACUUUGGACGGUUAAAGUAGAACAUAAAGGAUAUUUCAGAUGUCGAUGUUUGAAAAAGAGUUGAAGGAUUAUGAUGCCAGAGGGGCGUGGCCAAUCAUUUAUCACAAAUUACGCACCGAGGCUUCUUUACAACAUGACUUCCCCAUGUCAGUGGCGAAGCGUGCAGAUAAUAAACCUUUGAAUCGCUACAGGGAUGUCAGCCCAUAUGACCAUAGCCGCGUGAAGUUGAAAAAAUGCAAGAAUGAUUACAUCAAUGCUAGCUUAGUACAAUGUCCAAAAGUCAACAGAAAAUAUAUUUUAGCACAGGGUCCCCUUCCGAAUACAUCCGGCCAUUUCUGGCAGAUGGUGUGGGAACAGAAUACAAGGGCAGUUCUGAUGUUGAACAAAGUUAUAGAGAAAGGAAUGAUAAAAUGUGCCCAGUAUUUCCCACUAGGAUCAAUCAAUGACGGGGACGAUGAUUUAGUGUUUGAAGAUGUUCGUUUGAAAGUUUCGUUUAUGUCUGCUCAAGAAACUAUGUGCUAUACUUUAAGAACUUUUGAACUGCAAGAUAUGAAGACGGGUGUAACAAAAGAAAUUUUACAUUUUCACUUUACUACGUGGCCAGAUUUCGGAGUGCCUCCCUCCCCUGAAGACUUUCUAGACUUCCUUGAUGCAGUCCGAGAAUCGGGAGCUCUUGACGCCAAUGUUGGUCCAGCCGUCAUACAUUGCAGCGCUGGGAUUGGACGAUCUGGCACAUUUUGUUUAGUUGAUACAUGUUUAUUAUUAGUUAAACAAGCUGGUAAUUUAGAUAGUUUAGAUGUCCGUGCUACUUUAAUGGAGAUGAGGACGUAUAGAAUUGGGUUGAUACAGACCCAUGAUCAGCUUAGAUUCUCAUACCUGGCGAUCCUAGAGGGUGCCAGGAGUCUACUCAGCAAUGGUGCCGUUGAUGGAAUUGAUGGAGAAAUAGAAAAACAGUCAAUACAAGUCCCCGAACUUGAGGAACCCGAUAUCCCUCCCCCACUUCCUCCGCGUAGAGGUAAUAUAGACAAACAGAGAAAUAUUACGGAAAAUGUUGAUACAGUCCAAGAACCUGAAAAUAGCGAAACUACAAUUAGACAGAGGAAAAGUCGUGAAGAUAGGAAAAAGAAAACGCAAGAACAAAUCGAUAAAAUGAGGGAAAAACAGCGAGCGAGCGAGAUAGCUCGUCGCCGAAGACUAUGGAUUAAACCUUAUAUUAAGCCAAUUUUAGCAGGACUCGGACUCGCUGUUUUAUGCGGGGGUUAUUAUUUUUAUAAAAAAUAUUUUAUUGUAUGAUUAAAAAAUGGCCUUCCAAAAAUCUAACAUGUGUUAAAGAUAUUUGGUAUUCAUGUUAAUUUCAUGUAAUUUUCACGGUUUUUCAUGUCAGUUGUACUGGCGAGAUUCAAUUGGUUUAAUGCAGUCACAGGAAAAAUCUUGAGGAUAUUUGUAAGUUAUAAUCUAGUGUUAAUCCUUUUCAAGAUAUAAGAGGUCACACUUUUGUUAGCCAAACCACGAGCAAUCCAAAAUAAUCAAACAUUUUGCAUCUGAAAUAUUAAUGUGUACUGUCUGACUGUACACACUGUUGGACGGUAUACUUUACACACAAUGUUGAUGGUAUACUUUACAAAGGAUCGGAUGGUAUAGUUUACACACUUGGAUGGUAUUCUUUACACACUUGGAUGGUAUACUAUACUCAAGAUUGGAUGAUAUACUAUACA